GAGAAUUUUUAAUUACUUAGGUACAACAUCGGAGAAUGGGUGUGUAGGGGGUGCUAGUAUCUUCCCUUCGCAUAACUGAACUUCUGAUUUUAAUCCUGAUAUACGCAGACCGAUUCUACUCUUAAUUAGAUAGUAAUCAUGUAUUUUAAUCAUACUCCGAAAGGUUAGUAGCGAUUCCAACUUCCAAUUUUCUCGAAAAUUAAAAAAAAACCAUAAUUUUUCAUUCGCCUCCCCAGGGCACCUCGCUUUCGAGACGUCGUGAUGGGAGAUUCAGCGAAAUCCAACGACAAACAAUUAGAAUAUAAGAGGAUUGUGCGUGCGACAAUGUGGGGCAGGACCAAUGACGGUACAACAAGGAGAAGAAGAUUGGAAAACUUAUUUUAUCGGACGUUCUGAAGAGAAUUAUGUAGGGACGAUGAUGGUCGCAAUCACUGGUGACACAAGUGAUGACAAUUCUAGCUCUCAUACCAUGAAAGAAAUCAAGAUUCAAUGCAAAUAGAGAGAAAGUUGUUAUACAAGCGGCCAAAGGAACAGUACCUUUGGCUUUAUGCAUUAUAUAUAUAUAUAUAUAUAUAUAUAUUGAAUAUAAUUGGAACCUAACCCUAAUAAUGAUAUAAAGGCUAAAGUAUCCCUUAACUAAAAUAUUACAAUAUAUAAGACAUUAUCUAACAAUUAUAAAAGAUAUUUAGAGAAGUGUUGUUUUAUUGACUUAUUUCUACUUUUUUUUUUGUCAGUAUUAGAAGUAAUGUUCAUGUUAGAUUUAAACAGACAUAAAAGAUUAAUUGUAACAACACGUAUCUUAGUUCUUCUAUUUUUGUUUUAUAACAAAUGAAUGUUAUUUGAAAUAACUAUUAUUAGUGUUUAAAGUUAAGGUAUUAUGUAUUCAAAUUUUAAUUAUUUUUCUUUAAAAAUAUUUAAAAAUAUUUUAUUUAUUAUUUAUAUAUUUUUUAUCUUCAUUAAUUAAAUUUUUGGGUCCACCGCUAGUGGACUCAUAUGAGCGUUUAAGCUUCCAUUUUACACCAAGACAUAAAGAUACUCGAUGAAUAAAAAUCUAUGCUACUGUUUAUAUAAUUGUUCCCUAUUUUAUGUGUACAAAGUAAGUAGAAUUAGAAACCACAAAACUCAAAUUUAGUAUAUUUUUAUGGAUAAAUUUAUAAAUUAUACUUAUAAAAGAGAGGAUCGUGUACACGUCGAUGGAAGUGUCCGGAGAAAAUUCACGUGGGAUCAUAAAGUGCCACUUCAUUUCAGACUGUCUCUCUCUCUCUCGUCUCGAGAAGAAACUAUAAAGUACAUUGCAGAAUCUGUGAAAAGUUCCUUUCUAGCUCCCUUUUUCUUCCUUAUUCGCAGUUUCUCUUCUCUCUUCGCCGCUGGGAUUAAAGAUGCUCCACCCAUCUCUGUGCGAUUCAACCGCCAAGAAUCUUCUUUCCGCUUCUGCUCUUUCAACUAGCAUUGGCCGUUCAUGUGUUGCGCCUCCUCUGGUCUUCGAGAUGAGGUUAAAAUCGAGCAAAAGAGUUUCUGCCAGCAAUGACCAACAGCUUGUUAGUAAGGCAAGGGAUUGUGUCAAGCAUAGCCCUGUUAAUGUUUAUGGUCGUGGUGCUCAAGAACAGUUGCUUGAGGAAGAAAUCCCUCAAGCUUCAGAGUCUAGCUCAUGGUUAAAAGUUUUCCCAGGUCAAGCAUUUCCACUGGGAGUAUCUGAAAUUGAAAGUGGGAUUAAUUUUGCUAUUUUUUCUCAGCAUGCAACUGCAGUUACACUUUGCUUAAGGCUGAAUGGUGGAAUGAAGGAGCUGACAUUGGAUCCUCAUGUAAAUAAAACAGGAGACAUAUGGCAUAUAUGUAUUGAGGAUUUGCCUAGGAGCAAUGUACUCUAUGGUUACCGGAUGGAUGGUCCUCGUGGUUGGCAUCAAGGGCACCGAUUUGAUGACAGUGUUGUGCUUAUAGAUCCUUAUGCAAAGCUAGUUAAAGGAUGCCGAUACUUUGGAGACGCUAGCAAUGAGACGUGUAAAUUUUUGGGAACUUAUGAUUUUAGUUGUUUGCCUUUUGAUUGGGGAAACAAUUACAAGCUUCCAAAUAUACCUGAGAAAGAUCUUGUUAUAUAUGAAAUGAAUGUUCGUGCAUUUACUGUUGAUGAGUCUAGCAGGCUAGACCCAGACAUACGUGGUAGCUACCUUGGGGUUAUAGAGAAGAUGCCCCACCUUCUUGAGCUUGGCGUCAAUGCAGUGGAGUUGCUUCCUGUCUUUGAGUUUGAUGAGUUAGAGUUCCAGAGGCGUCCAAACCCUAGAGAUCACAUGAUUAACACAUGGGGCUAUUCAACAAUAAAUUUCUUUGCCCCCAUGAGUCGCUAUGCUAGCGCUGGUGGAGGACCUGUUAAUGCCGCCCUGGAGUUCAAAGAAAUGGUUAAAGCCUUGCAUGAUGCUGGAAUUGAGGUCAUUUUGGAUGUUGUCUAUAACCAUACUAAUGAGGCUGAUGAUGAGAAUCCUUAUACCACUUCAUUUCGUGGCAUUGAUAAUAAGGUUUAUUACAUGCUUGAUUUAAACAACAAUGGCCAGCUGCUGAAUUUCUCUGGCUGUGGGAACACUUUGAACUGCAACCAUCCUGUUGUCAUGGAACUUGUACUAGACAGCUUAAGACACUGGGUCACUGAAUAUCAUGUGGAUGGAUUUCGAUUUGACCUUGCCAGUGUUCUUUGUCGAGGAGCAGAUGGCUCCCCACUAAAUUCUCCUCCACUUAUUAGGGCAAUUGCCAAAGAUGCUAUCCUGUCAAGGUGUAAAAUUAUUGCUGAGCCUUGGGAUUGUGCUGGCCUCUACCUUGUCGGGAGAUUUCCAAAUUGGGACCGGUGGGCUGAAUGGAAUGGCAAGUAUCGUGAUGACAUAAGAAGAUUCAUAAAGGGUGACCCUGGUAUGAAGGGGAGUUUUGCAACUCGUGUUGCUGGAUCUGCUGACUUGUACAGAGUGAAUAGGCGUAGACCAUGCCAUAGUGUCAAUUUUGUUAUUGCGCAUGACGGGUUCACAUUGCGUGACCUUGUCUCUUACAGUAAUAAGCAUAAUGAUGCUAAUGGAGAAGGUGGCAAUGAUGGAUGUAAUGAUAAUUUUAGCUGGAAUUGUGGUUUUGAAGGAGAAACUACUGAUACUAAAAUUGAAGCUCUGCGCUCACGGCAAAUGAAGAACUUCCAUCUGGCACUAAUGAUAUCCCAGGGAACACCAAUGAUGCUAAUGGGAGAUGAAUAUGGGCAUACUCGCCAUGGAAAUAACAAUAGCUAUGGACAUGAUUCUGUCAUUAAUCAUUUCCAGUGGGGACAGUUGGAUGCAAAGAAGAGUAAUCACUUCAGGUUUUUUGCUGGGGUGAUAAAGUUUCGGCAAACACAUCAUGUAUUUCGACUCGAAAGUUUUCUUGACAAAAACCAUGUGACAUGGCACGAGGACAACUGGGACAAUUAUGACAGCAAAUUCCUUGCAUUUACACUCCAUGACAAUAAUGGAGGAGACAUCUAUUUGGCAUUCAAUGCUCAUGAUUUUUAUGUCAAAGCUCCAAUUCCAUCACCUCCACAAAAGAGGCGUUGGCUCCGAGUGGUGGAUACUAAUCUGGAGUCCCCCGAGGAUUUCGUGCCCGAAGGUGCCCCGGGUGUUGGCAGUACCUAUAAUAUUGCUCCCUACUCUUCAAUUCUUCUCCAGGCAAAGCUAUGAUUUAAUUAGGUGCAAACCAUGAUGCUUGAUGCCAGGGGAUGAACUGAGUCAUAGAAAGCUGUAAAAUCCCAUCCCCUUGCAAAUUUAUGUCGACGAUGGGAAAGGAGAAAGCUGUUCUUGUGGGGUUGGGCUGUGAUACAGUUUCUUAAGCCAAUAAUGCAUCAAUUUUGGCAAGUUUUUAUAAUAAAAAAUUUCAUUGCUUAAGCAAAAGAAAUGUUGUAUUAUCAUAAAAUGUAAAAAAAAAAAAAAAAAUUAUUGAUUAUAUAACAAGAAGUAGAUCAGGAAUGGGUAUUCUUAUAUUGUAAAAUGGAAUUUUUUUUUUUUUUUUUCCUUUUAUGUUUAGAUUGAAUAAUACAAAUCCUUGCAUCAGUGUAUUUUUUUAAAAGAAUUAUUACAUUUUCAUUCUCUUUUA